CCCACCUUGCGUAUGGAAAUAUGGCGGCCCCUGCGUCGACGACUACUCGAUAGCUCUUUUAGUCCUUCAAACUUGUUCAACACCAAGAGUUAGUGAAUAUCAUUAGGGGUGUUUAUACCAGGGGUGGGCGCCUCACUGCUGCGGGUAGUUUGUUUAGAGAAACAACCUGACAGUGCACGGGCAAACGGGGAGAAAAAGUCAGGUUGAGUGGCACAGCUGAAGUGCCUGCGGUCCGGGUGUAACGUUAUCUGGAGCCCGGGAGGGAGAGAGAGAGCGCGACGGAGAGCUUGGACACGGAAGUCGAGAAGAGGAAUUUGGCAGCAGAUAAUAAAGCCGUGCAGUGUCUGAAACCUGCUCGGAGAAUGAGUUCGCGAUGACUUCAGUCUCGAGUUUAUUGUGCUCACGACUGGUUUGGGGGGAAAAAAAAACUUUUGCCUUAACUAGAAGUUAAACCUGUUGUUGACUAGCUAACUAGCGAGUGAAGCUGAGGCGAGCGAGGACCUGUUAGCUAGGCGAUGCUAAAACACCUUUAACAUUAAACUGUAACCUUGAUUUAGGUGAGUACUAAUAUGUCGAGUUAUAAAACAUCACGGUUCACCAGGUGUUCAGUCGCAGAGCAGGUAAACGCUUUGAAUGAUCAAUUAAUAAUUUGCACACACAACUCAUUCUAAUAACAAACAGCAUGACAUGCACUAACAUUCAGUGUGAACUCAUAACAUUCCUAUCAUUUUUUUUUCCUUGUUAGCCUUAUGAUCCUAUUUAUAUUUAGUUUUUAAAAGCCAAUUUAAAGAUAUCCUAAUAUUUUCCUCACACUACACUUCUUAAAUUUAUGCAAUUUUCAGUAACCAAAAUCAUUUCGUUUAUUAUUAACUGUUAAUGUUCUCAGGAUGAAUCUUUUUUAAGCAAGCUUGACGAUAGUAAUAAUAAUAAUAAUAAUAAUAAUAGUAAUAAUGCUUCUCCACCAGGUCCUUAUACGUGCCUCAUGCACCUGGAUGCUUCCAUCGUGUCAUGUUAGUUUUUAGUCUUGAUUAUUAUUGCUUUGAGGAAUGCUGUGUAUCGAGUUCGUUCCUAAACACAGAAUGUAGUUUUACCUCCUCGUUUCUGUAACCGUGUUCCGUAGCGAGAUGAUUUGACUGUACGAUUUACUUCUCGUCCACCUGUGUGUGGUAACGUCUAAAAAAUAAAAAAAAACCUCUUGGAUACUCGAUUCAUGACACACACAACUCAACCGGUGACCAUCCGUGUCGGCCUUGCCGCUGUGCUGGACAGGGAAAAGAGUCACGUUUUGGGAUUUGGGAUCUGGAGGUCACACUGACAGAGAGUGUGCUCCUUGGAGUGGCCUUCACGACGGAGGAGCUUCCUUUAAGUCCGGCUCGAUACACCGCUCCGAGAUCGCGAUCGUAAUCGGUUGUGAUUCCCGGCUCCGAGCCUGGCAUCCUGCCCUUAUGGGGCAGCAGCCAGGGAAGUUUGUUGGUGACCAACGGAGGCCGAGUCUGCCUGCUCUGAACUUCAUCAAGAGCGGAGGGAAGAGGGACUCGUCACGCCAUGGACCUCAGCCCUGCAAUGUGUUUGCCGUUCACGAAGCUCGACCGGAUUUUGAGCCCUCUGGUCUGUCCGAGGCGGCGCGUUGGAACUCUAAAGAGAACCUGUUGGCAGGACCCAGUGAAAAUGACCCCAAUCUGUUUGUAGCGCUGUACGACUUUGUGGCCAGCGGCGACAACACGCUCAGCAUCACCAAAGGAGAGAAGCUGCGAGUGCUAGGUUACAAUCACAAUGGCGAGUGGUGUGAAGCACAGACCAAGAAUGGACAGGGCUGGGUGCCCAGCAACUAUAUCACACCGGUCAACAGUCUGGAGAAGCACAGCUGGUACCACGGGCCAGUGUCCCGCAACGCCGCAGAGUACCUGCUCAGCAGCGGCAUCAACGGCAGCUUCCUGGUGCGAGAGAGUGAGAGCAGCCCGGGUCAGCGGUCCAUCUCGCUACGCUACGAGGGACGAGUCUACCACUACCGCAUCAAUACAGCCUCUGACGGCAAGCUCUACGUAUCAUCAGAGAGUCGUUUCAACACACUGGCCGAGUUGGUCCAUCACCAUUCCACCGUAGCCGAUGGCCUCAUUACGACGCUACACUACCCAGCACCCAAACGCAACAAGCCCACCAUCUACGGCGUCUCGCCCAACUACGACAAAUGGGAGAUGGAGCGGACAGACAUUACUAUGAAACACAAGCUGGGCGGAGGCCAGUAUGGAGAGGUGUACGAGGGGGUGUGGAAAAAGUACAAUCUCACCGUUGCUGUGAAAACGCUAAAGGAGGACACAAUGGAGGUAGAAGAGUUCCUAAAGGAGGCUGCUGUCAUGAAAGAAAUCAAACAUCCCAAUUUGGUCCAAUUAUUAGGCGUUUGUACACGGGAGCCUCCCUUCUACAUCAUCACCGAGUUCAUGACCCACGGAAACCUUCUGGACUACCUGCGAGAGUGUAACCGCGAGGAGGUCAACGCUGUGGUGCUGCUCUACAUGGCCACUCAGAUUUCCUCAGCAAUGGAGUAUUUGGAGAAGAAGAAUUUUAUUCACAGGGACUUGGCUGCCCGCAACUGCUUGGUCGGGGAGAACCACUUGGUGAAGGUAGCAGAUUUCGGUUUGAGUCGUCUGAUGACUGGAGACACGUAUACAGCUCACGCCGGAGCCAAGUUUCCUAUCAAAUGGACUGCACCAGAAAGCCUGGCAUAUAAUAAAUUCUCAAUCAAAUCAGAUGUAUGGGCUUUUGGAGUGCUGCUAUGGGAGAUUGCCACCUAUGGGAUGUCCCCAUACCCUGGAAUAGAUUUGUCCCAGGUCUAUGAGCUACUUGAGAAGGACUAUCGCAUGGACAGACCUGAAGGAUGCCCAGAGAAAGUCUAUGAACUAAUGAGAGCCUGUUGGAAAUGGAAUCCAGCAGAAAGGCCAUCCUUUGCAGAGACCCAUCAAGCAUUUGAAACGAUGUUCCAGGAAUCCAGCAUCUCAGACGAGGUGGAGAAAGAAUUGGGUAAAAAGGGUAAAAAGCUGACACUAGGAUCCAUACAGCAGGCCCCAGAGCUACCGACCAAAACUAGGACGAUACGCAGACCCAUGGAGAAAGACGGAGACAGUCCUGAUGGUGCUGAGGCAGAGGUAGCCGUGUCGCCGAUGCUUCCUCGGAAAGAGAGGCUUUUGGUAGAUAGCAAUCUAAAUGAGGAGCCAAAAUCCAAGACCAGCCUAAACCCCUUGAUCAGUUUAAUCAAAAAGAAAAAGAAAACCGCUCCUACCCCUCCAACACGUAGCAGUUCCUUUAAGCACCCCAGGGACGAUUUUAACAACGGCUCUUCGUUUAACGAUGCCGCGCUAGGUAUCGACCCUUCAAAGUUCCUCUGCCUCAAUAAUAAUGGAGCUGGGGGUGUCGCCAAUGGAGCCCCCGCGUAUCCUGGCCAGGUUUUUCCUCCACACCCACGGAAAAAGGGCACAACAGGAACUUCCAUUGUUGGAAGACUGGCCACGUCGCCCCCAGGAGAUGAUGAUCUGUCCAACUCGAAGCGCUUUCAGAGGUCCUCGUCAGCCUCAAGCAUGCCCCCAGGGUCAGACCGUACAGAGUGGAAGUCGGUCACACUCCCCCGCGAUGUGCAAUCUCGCCACUUUGACUCAAGCACCUUGGGAAGCAAACCUGCCCUGCCCCGCAAGAGCACACCCCGUGGUGGCACUCUUACCCCACCCCCACGCCUGUCCAAGAAGACUGAAGACGCUUUAGAUGAGGUUUUUAAGGAUUCUGAAUCUAGUCCAGGAUCGAGCCCCCAGACUCUAACCCCCAAGUUGGGGCAUCGGCCACAAAUGCAGAACGAAAGCUCCAAAACUAGUGCCUUCCAAGCAGACCUGAUGAAACUGAAUGCAUUCUCUGCCCUGGGAGCAGCCGGGGAGGAGUGCAGGGCACGCAGACACAAACAACCUCUGGAUAUCUCGGGUCAGCGAGAGAAGGAUAGGGGGAAGUUUACAAAGUCCAAGCCAGCUCCUCCUCCACCUCCACCCUCCAGUGUGAAAUCCGGGAAGGUUUCGAGGAGCCCCACACAAGACCUAACUGCUGACACUAAAGUCAAAGCCAGUCUUGACCUAAGCCCCUCUGGCUCUGAGCAAGGCAGAUCCUUCUUGCCCCAGGAAAGCACCAAAAAACUUAGCACCUCGAAAGCACAGCCAGCAAAGACCACGCCCACUUCUCCAACCAGCCAGCCACUGGGAGUAGUCCCCAGCUCACCUGCUGGAGAUCAGGGCUCGGCUACGGCUUUCAUCCCCCUCGUAACUACACGCCGCUCUUUGCGGAAAACACGUCAGAACGAACGUAUUCCCAACUCGACCAUCACGCGGGAAAUGGUCCUGGAGAGCACAGAGCUUCUGCGUGCUGCCAUCAGCAGGAACUCCGAGCAGACGGGCAGUCACAACGCGGUUUUGGAGGCUGGCAAUAACUUGUCCAAGUUCUGCCUGAGCUACGUGGACUCCAUACAGCAGAUGAGGAACAAGUUUGCAUUCCGUGAGGCCAUCAACAAGCUGGAGAACAGCCUGAGGGAGCUGCAGAUCUGCCCUUCAGCCACUGGGGGUGCCAGCACACCACAAGACUUUACCAAGCUUCUGUCAUCUGUCAAGGAGAUCAGUGACAUUGUUCAAAGGUAGCGGAAGUGCCUCGGUCCUCCCUUUUAGUUUUCCCCUCUUCAGGGUAACCAGCAGAAUAAUGAUCUUGGCAAGGCAGAUGUAGAGGGGGGAGUUUUUUUUUUUUUUGUUCCUGAAUGGCUGUGACAUACAUUUUUCCUAAACAAUCUGAAAUCACCUCUCGUUUUUGUUUUUUUUUAAAAAAAAAAUAUAUAUAUACUGUAGGACUCUAUACUGUAGGAUGCAUAUCAUAGGACAGAAGCGUCUUGGUGUUGAGCACAAAUUGGAGGUCGGUUUUGAUCAUGAUCUGAAAAGAUCCAAGUAUUAGUUACAUUGGGUCUGUAACAAGAAGUGUUUCUUACAAAAACAAAAAAAGUCUUGUCAGAUUUUGUUGAUUACAGUAUCAAAGACAAACCUCACAUUAUGUGUUAUCUGGGGCUCACUCAAGAAAAAUCCUCUCUAGAUUUUUGUGUACAGAUGGGAGACUAUCAUGGCUUUUUAACAAAGACCUUUGUUUCCCAGCUUUCUGUUUCUAUUCCCCAUUUCUUGUGGUUUUUCAGUAAAGGGCUCUGUUGUGUGAUGUGUUACAGCCCCAUUGUUCAUAUUGAGCCCAGUUAAGUAUUAGAGAAUCACUGUGGUCCAAAUCAGCGCAGUUCUUCCUUGUGCCUUAAACGUUGUUGCCCUUAAAGACUGUUGCACCAAUAAUCAGCCACGUGGCCUUUACAGGACUUGACUGAGCGUUUUUUUUUUUUUUAACUUAUACAUUCAGCUACACAGUAACUGACACGGACGUCUGAUUCCGAACACUACUGUCUCUAGGAGCCGGGGAAGGACUGGUGAAGCAGAACCAGCGAAAAGAGAACCUAUGUAUCUGAAUGUUAUUAUUAUUUUAUCUAAUGUCCUGUACGAUCGCAAGCCGGCACACUUUGUAACGUCUUGCACACCGCUCACAUAGAUCCCUCUUACACCAGGUUGUUUUAUGCGUCUCCAUAAUGUCACCUCCAGAUCAUUAGCUUAAAAAAAACGAGAAAUGAGAUGACGUUAAACAUCACACAAAGAUUAAAUCCAAUCCAGGACGCAUUAAUCAACCAGCUGUAAAUGGGGUUCACAUUGCUGAGAGACUAUUAAGGAUUAGAAUCACUAACAUGAUUCGAGGUUUUCUGAUGUCCCGUGGUUCAGUGGCACAGUCACUACUCGCCUUGUCGUUAAAGACUGAGAUGUUAAGAAAUCGUAUACCUUCACUGCUAAGUCGGAAACUCUUACUAAAAAAAAACAAACAAAAA